UAUCAUGGUGGUUAGGGUCGCGAGGCAGGGACGCUGAGGGUGAAUGACCCGCGGUGGGAUUAGACCCGGGGUGGCCGCAGCAAUAGCAGCGGCCGGUCUGUGGGCUCCUGCCUUACGCGACGGCUUCGGAGUGUCCGAGCCUGUGGGGCGAGCGGGGCCCGGCUGUGGGGCAGCAGGAGGGAGAUAACGGGCACCAAACCGUCGCGCUCCCCUCCCCUCCCGGUGUAACGCCCAGUGCGCCUGCGCGCUCCCAGGCUGAGCCCGGGCGGCGCUUUUCCGGCAGAGGAUCCGGCGAAAGGAAGAAGACGCCUCCUCCCGGUGUGUGUCGCUGCAGCCGGGCCCGCCGGGGACCGAUCCCACUGGCUUUUGCGGCUCCCUCGGCUAAUGCCGGGCCCAAGCCUCCGUCGCACGGGGCUGGCCUGGAUCGAGGCCUGUCUGUGCGCGGUUGUAGACGGCUGGUAGCUCCAGGCUAGUCGCCGCCGAGAUCAGCUGCUCUGCUUGCUAGUGUGAAUGGGCGGCUGAGAGAGGAAGAAAAUGAAAAUUUUCUCUGAGUCCCAUAAAACUGUUUUUGUUGUGGAUCACUGUCCUUAUAUGGCAGAAUCAUGUAGACAACAUGUUGAGUUUGAUAUGUUAGUAAAGAACCGGACCCAAGGAAUCAUACCUCUGGCACCCAUCUCAAAAUCUCUGUGGACUUGUUCAGUGGAAUCAUCUAUGGAAUACUGUAGAAUAAUGUAUGAUAUAUUUCCUUUCAAAAAAUUGGUGAAUUUUAUUGUAAGUGAUUCUGGAGCUCACAUCUUAAAUUCUUGGACCCAAGAAGACCAAAACUUGCAAGAGUUAAUGGCAGCUCUAGCAGCUGUUGGACCACCUAAUCCUCGUGCAGACCCAGAAUGUUGCAGCAUACUGCACGGUUUGGUUGCAGCAGUAGAAACACUCUGCAAAAUCACAGAAUACCAGCAUGAGGCCCGAACCAUGCUAAUGGAAAAUGCAGAACGUGUUGGAAACAGAGGAAGAAUAAUCUGCAUUACAAAUGCCAAAAGUGACAGUCAUGUUCGAAUGCUUGAAGACUGUGUCCAAGAAACUAUUCAUGAGCAUAACAAGCUUGCCGCUAAUUCAGAUCACCUCAUGCAGAUCCAGAAGUGUGAAUUGGUAUUAAUCCACACCUAUCCAGUUGGUGAAGAUAGCCUUGUUUCAGAUCGCCUUAAAAAAGAGCUUUCUCCUGUCUUAACCAGCGAAGUACAUAGUGUCCGUGCUGGACGGCAUCUGGCUACAAAACUGAAUGUUUUAGUACAGCAACACUUUGAUCUGGCUUCAACCACAAUAACUAAUAUCCCGAUGAAGGAAGAACAACAUGCUAACACAUCUGCCAAUUAUGAUGUUGAACUUCUUCAUCACAAAGAUGCACACGUAGACUUUCUAAAAAGUGGUGAUAAUCAUUUGGGUGCAAAUAGCAGAGAGGGUACAUUUAAAGAAACUGUAACAUUAAAAUGGUGUACACCACGAACAAACAGUGUUGAAUUGCAUUAUUGCACUGGUGCAUACAGAAUCUCACCUGUAGAUGUAAAUAGCCGACCUUCUUCCUGCCUUACAAACUUUCUUCUCAACGGCCGUUCUGUUUUAUUGGAACAACCUCGCAAGUCUGGCUCUAAAGUGAUUAGUCACAUGCUUAGUAGCCACGGAGGAGAGAUUUUCCUUCAUGUAUUGAGCAGUUCUCGGUCAAUUUUAGAAGAUCCACCUUCAAUUAGUGAAGGAUGUGGUGGGAGAGUCACAGACUACAGGAUUACAGAUUUUGGUGAAUUUAUGAGGGAAAACAGAUUAACUCCUUUUCUAGACUCCAGAUAUAAGAUCGAUGGAAGUCUUGAGAUUCCUUUGGAACGUGCAAAAGAUCAGUUAGAGAAACAUACUCGUUACUGGCCUAUGAUUAUUUCACAAACCACCAUCUUCAACAUGCAAGCUGUAGUGCCAUUAGCCAGUGUUAUUGUGAAGGAAGCUCUGACGGAUGAGGAUGUACUGAAUUGUCAGAAAACAGUGUACAACUUAGUAGAUAUGGAGAGGAAAAAUGAUCCACUGCCCAUUUCAACAGUUGGUACCAGGGGAAAGGGUCCAAAAAGAGAUGAACAAUACCGAAUUAUGUGGAAUGAAUUGGAAACCCUUGUUCGAGCACAUAUAAAUAACUCUGAUAAACACCAGCGAGUCUUGGAGUGUCUACUGGCUUGCAGAAGCAAACCUCCUGAAGAAGAGGAGCGCAAGAAACGAGGGAGGAAAAGAGAAGAAAAAGAAGACAAGUCAGAGAAAUCAGGAAAAGAUUAUGAACUGGAAAAACCCUGGCAGGAAUCAGAGAGAUUAAAAGGUGUAUUGGAUCGUGAGAGAGAAGAACUGGCAGAAGCUGAAGUUAUAAAAGAUUCUCCUGAUUCUCCUGAACCACCCAACAAAAAGCCUCUUAUUACAAUAGAUGAAAUACCUCCAGUGGAAAAAACAAAAGGGCCAAUGUCCUUGCUGUCUUUGUGGAGCAAUAGAAUUAAUACAGCCAACUCCAGGAAACACCAAGAAUUUAUUGGACGUCUGAACUCUGUCAACAAUAAAGCUGAGCUGUAUCAACAUCUUAAAGAGGAAAAUGGAAUGGAAACAACAGAAAAUGGAAAAGCCAGCCGACAAUAAUUUUUUUUUUUUUAAAGAACGAAGCUUAGCCCUGUUUCAUAAAUAUUUUAUGCUGGAUUUGAUAUCAGCACAUUUCAAUAAGAUUGUAUAGGUCUGUUGUUUUGGUUUUACAUUUUUCUGAUUUUAUCCUUUUUCUAUUAAAUGUUAAAUUUGCAUAUUACAUGCAGUGAAUUGUGUGCAAAUGGGAUCUGACCUGAUGUAUUGUAUCAUAUUUUAGGAUGAAAGGAUGUUUCUCUUACUACACACACAAGAAAACCUGUUAAAUGAUGGAAUCUGUUUUUUAAGUCUGUUUAAUAUUAAAAAGCACAAUAUUCAAGCAUUUUUUAAAAACUUGAGCCUUUUUCUGUUGUAUUGAUACAUUUUAGCUCUAGAUGCAACUUUUCAAGAGGUCAUGGUUUAGGAGAAGAGAAAUAUACAAAUAUCUGUUGAAUUCAGACUCUUAAUCUGGAAUUCCUUUGUUCAGAGCAUGUUGUUCCAGAACAACAGUUGGGAGGUGAGGUAAAGAAUGGUUUAAAACCUUCACAAAAGUAUAAAUGAUUGGGGUGAGAGCAUGAACUUUUUUUAAGAGAUUAAUUAUUAAUUCAAUCAAGAGAAACACCCAGUUUGAAAACAAAGUUUUUCUAGUUACUAUUUGUGCCAGAACUAACAAAACAAAGAUCCUCACCUUUAGCUGGUAAUGGGCUAGUACAGAGAACAGGGCCUGAACCCAUUAAUUACUUUCCAUGCAGCAGAGUUAAUCCAUCUUCUGCUGGAUUGACUUCCUUUUGCUUGAUGGCAGCUGGAAGAAAAAACUGACUUGGAUAUUCUACAGUGCAAGAUGUUGUCCUGUGCUCUUACAUUAGGAAGAAGGGUAGCUGGUGCAUAGGCUUUUGUUCUGAAAAAGUUAGUGUGUCACAUAGCUAAGUUUCUUUAACUGAGCAAAGUAUGAAGGCCAUAAAUGAUGAUGAUGGCUGGAUCAGAACACAAAUAUCAUGUGAGUACUCCUUACUUACAUUUGUAACUGCUGUCCACUUAGUGGCAUAGAACAUAGAAGCACAAUAUUGAGCUUCAAAGUGAUUGUUAUGUAAUGUAAUUACUGAGUAAAUACAUAGUUCUUUCCUGAUAUAUGAUGAUUACUUUGUCGCCUGGUGUAAUUAUUAACAGAUCCUAUAGGUUACUUAAAUAAAGAGUACUUGCAUGA